CCGUCGUGGCCGCUCUCAGGUUCCUCUCUGCUCGCGCUGUUCAUUCGCGAGGCGCUAUUAUCGUUUCCUUUGAUUCGUGGACGAAUUGUUUUAUAAGAAAGCGUGGUGGAGAAAAAUCUUUCGCUUUACUUUGCUUUACUUUCUAAAAUGUCGGACAACGAUAACCAAUUUUUGCAGCAAAUCGAUGAAAGUCAACUAUAUGUAGUGGCCGCAAUGAGGGCAGAAAUUCUGAAGUUACGCCAAGAAAUUGAAUUGUACAAACAAAAAGAAAGAGCUUUGUUACAAUCACCGGCUGAUCCCGCGACUCCGGGAACAGUCGGCGACUGCGGUAAGCUCGUAGUAAAAGUAGAAAUGUCUACUCCCACAACGGGUGAGCCCGCGGGACUACACCAGUCGCCGGCUAUACACGGUGCCGCGGGGCCAUCACAGCUAGUGCAGAUAGAAGAAAACACUAGACCUAAGCACAGAAAUCACACAGAAUAAUUAAAAAAAUAAUAUAUUAAAACAAACUUCUUACAUACAUAAUAUAAUAAAUCAAAUUAAUACAGCAAGAAGAUGGUAGAAAAGCAAACACGCAAGAGGAAGAGGAAGAGGAAGCAAUCUUCCGAGGACAAUCUUCAAUAAAUAUCACGUAAUUUUCAAAUUUUCUUAAAAAGUAAUUUUAUAUGUCAGAUUUAUAUAACAUACUUUAACUAUAAUAAACAUUAAAAUAAAUGAUAAUGUGUAUAAUCAUUGGAAAACAAUUUCAACCCCUCAGAAAAGAAACUCAAAGUUGCAGCAAAAACCGGCGCUAGAAAUAAUAUUUAAAUCAUCAGUUAGCAUGUGCAGCGUUAUUUUACGAGUUACAAAGAA